AAAGCUGUUUUUCUUUGGGGAACGAAAAAACUAUCGGGCUUUUAGGGCCCAGAAAGAGACGACACUGUCCCGGCUCCGCCGCCGACUGCCGCUGUUGAGGCUGACACUCCGGGCGGGGAGGUACACGCCGGCCGUGUGCUCUCCUUCCCCUCCUUCCACGCCAUCGCCGUCCACCUCACGCUUGUAGGGCGUCCGAGGUCGCCCGCCCGCCGCCAGAUCCUGCAGCCUCCCUGCGCCCCGACCGGCAGAGCCGCCCCUUCCUCCGGCUCCCACAUCCAAGUCGCCGGCCACCCUACAUCGACACAGCUGCAUCUUCUGCAAGCUUCAAGUGAAAAUUGGCUGCCACGGCAUGGGAGCUUAUCGAGGUUGCCGGCAACCUAACUCCCUCCAACAUUCUACAGUUGAUGUGGUGGCUGCAAAGAUUGAAUCCAAGGUAGCCAAUGCUCUCAUAAGGCAAUUGAAUCAAGUAUGCCCACUGGAGAAUCUGCGGCAUGUUAAGCGGGUGCGUCGGUGUAUUGAUAGUGGUGAAAAAUCCGAGUUACCAAUCAUCUUAUGCCUUUCAACUGGACCUGAAAAUUGUAGAAAUGGAUUUGCCGAAGAUGCAAAGGUAGUGGACACAUACCAGCUGAGUCCUUUCAUUGCGAAAGUUGCCAGGUAUCCUGCUAUGUCUAAAGAGGAGUGUAAACUUUGGCCAACAUCUUAUCACCCCCCACAUGAAACUGAUGGUCUAUCUGUUAAGGAAGAGGAAUUACCAUCAAUAUUUGAUUGCAUGAGGACUGCUAUCCAGUUAGCCGAGGUCAGCAAUGCUGCUGUUAUUGUUGAUCCCUCGAGUAUGCAAAUAAUUUCGAAGGCUACAGACCUAACACACCAGCAUGAUCCUUCUCUAAAAAGGAACACAUGUACCAGAGUCGAAGCAGAUAAUGAUUGCUGUUCGGCUGAAGCAACUGAGGCUAAUGAUGGCAAGUUGUUGCUGUCAAGCUCCCAUGUUAGCAAUGGCUUAACCAUGGAGGUCUCUUGUAUGAACUCGUGGGGAUGGAUGAAAAGAAAUUCAACUGAGCAGAAGACAUUGCCCUCUGAAGGUGGUUUUUUGUGGCACCCUCUGGGACAUGCUGCCGUAGUUGCCAUUGACAAUGUCGCUGAGAGGGAUAGAAUACUGUUCAAUACUUCAACAACCGAAACAAAACUAAAUGGCGAUAUGGAGAAUUGUUCUGAUAAUGAACCAUCAAAGCGGCUAAAGAUGGUUGCAAAAGAUAAAGAACAAUCUGAGCAUGAAGAAUGCUGCAGUGACUUGUCUGGAAGAAACAGACCAUAUCUUUGCACAGGAUUUGACAUGUACCUCGUUUGGGAACCAUGCACAAUGUGUGCUAUGGCACUUGUACACCAAAGAUUCAAGCGCGUCUUCUAUGCUAUCCCUAAUCCAAAUAAUGGAGCACUGGGCACAGUCUACAGAUUGCAUGGGGAGAAAAGUCUAAAUCACCAUUACUCUGUGUUUAGGAUAAAAGUCCCUGGCCAGUAUUUGAAUGGUUCAAGUGAUUGUUCUGAAAAAGCAUCUUCAGAUUGCGUAUCAUCGUAAUUUUGAGAAACCCAUGACCUCCAAGCUUGUUGCUUCUGGUUUUACGCUUUUUUGGGAGGAGGCGGCACCGGUUGGUUCUCUUUCUGGUUCAUUGUCUUCGAAUCUACGAGGGCGGUGACUCCGGUCUUCGGCUCACCUGUGAUAUGAGCCUUGGACGACCUGCGAGGCCUUCUCUCUUCCAGGUGUUGUGGUGCUUGGCUUCUGUUGUGUGUACCUUCUUCAUCUGGGUGCUUGGCAACAUCAGGGGUCGAGUCUGAUGGAUGGUGAUGUAAGGUUCCUGUGGACUGGAAUGUCAUUUUCUUUUGUUGGAUUUUUCUGGAUUUUGCAGGGGUUUAUACUUGUAUGGACUGGGGACAUGUUCCCAUGUAUCACGGUUCCUUUGCAACCCAAAAGAAGAAAAAUGGCAUGAGCUUUUGUUGUGCCACUGAUUCA